AUGGCGACACCGACACCAAAGUCGGCGGCUGACAUGCCCGCUUUUUCCUAUGCGCAGGCCGCGAAGGGUUUGGUUUCUUCAACUCCUACUCAGUCAACCACUGAAAACCAAGGAAAAUCGACGAUUUCGGCGAAUGAACCGACAAAGGUCGAGAUGAUUGAUAGCUCCAACAACAAGGACUCGAAACAGGCCCCGGGCUCUAAUGAGUCUACGGACAUCAUUGGGAAACAGAAACUCGGAAUAGAACGAGACCUUACCAAAAACAUCUCUUCGGGAGCAUCUUCUCCGAGUGUUGCGACAGCAUCCACUGACACGUUACCCAAAGAGGACGAUAUGUCACUUACGCCCAACGGGUCAUCAGAUUCUACCUGGGAUAAGCAAUCCCAGGCUUCUGUUUUGAUUGACAAACCCAAUCAAACCCCAGAAGGAAGCAAAGAGAAGUCUUCGGAAAACGGGUCGGAGAAAGGCAGCAUGCCUUUGAAAGAGCUGAGGGCAGCCCCGAUUCCUGCUGUAAACAUUUGGCAGCAGAGACGUGAAGCCCAAGAAGCGAAAGUCAAGGCCAAUGCGGCUUUGAAGCCAGCGAGUACGCUCCCCAAACUUGCUCCGAAGGCCUCUAUCGCACAGUUUGGCUCUGAGGCUCGUCCAGACGCAUCAAAGGGUAGUAACAGGAGGAAGUCCUCUGAGUCUUUCGGGGAGAAGAAGAGAGCAGGUGAUGCUCCAAAAAAGAAUAACGUACGAUCGCAUCGGUCUGCUACAGAGCCUGAUCCAACUGAGCCAUUACCAUCAAUGGCGGACACUGCAUCAUGGCCAACACCACAACUUGCGCAAGGCGAGGAACAACGAAGGGCUCAAGAAAAAGUCGAGAAAACAGAACGGUCUGAUAAAGAAAAGCCCGUUGGCUCCCGACCUCACGGAAAGGAAAAGUGGAUGCCUGUGCCUUAUGUGCCUACAGCAGUCUUUUCCACCCCGCUACCACCGGCCGCUCGAAGGGGUGGCAGAGCUGCAAGAGGAUCCAGGGAGGGUGGUGCACAUGGUGGCAGUCAAAUCCAUGGAAAUAAUGCUGGUGACCGGCGAGCGACCGGUGAUUCCAGGUCUGCCCAAGGAGCUAAACUAAAUGGUGCAGACGCCGUAUUUGAUGGAGAAAGCUCCCACUCAGACGGAGCACAAAAUGGCAAACUUAAAAAUGCUGAAGGGACGUAUCCGGAGAGCAACCGUACUACACACUUUGAAUCAUCCCAGCAACGACAAGACUCCAAAUCAUUCGGUAAGUCUCAGGAGUCGUCAAAUGCACCUCACACCCAUGCUCCAAGGCAGGGCGGGCCGCACGGCGAAGGUCACUCCCGCUAUGGCCAAAAUGCAGAACGACGCUUCGAAAGCGGCCCGCGUUCUGCAGACCCUUUCAAAGAGUCAAACUCGUUCGCGCUUAGGGAGCGGGACUUUGGUCGAGACCGUGAUUACCAGCGAGGUGAUUUCCACAGGGAGAGAGACUAUGGUAGAGAACAUCGGGGAGAGUCCCGUUCUGAAAGGGGCCGGGGCAGCUACCGGGGACGCGGUGGACAUUCUAAUUAUACUAGUGCACAAAAUACAGCAUUCCAUAGCGCUCCGAUCCCACAACACCCGUUCUCAACUCCUAAGAACUUCACUUUCAGCAAUGACCGACACCGCAUGCAACAGUCGGGCCCCCAAAACGGAACCCAGGGCAGUGCUAGAAUGGGUUUGCGGUCGCCCUCGAUGCCCAAUCCCGCGAUCUAUGGACCAUCACCUUACCCGAUACAGACCGACCUCACUUCCGUGUAUGGAUACCCCCAAAUUCCCCAGGGUCCCAUGACUGCCGUCCCAUAUCAACCGUAUAUGGAGCAAUAUUCCUUGAUGAGCAUGAUUUCGAUGCAAUUGGAAUACUACUUUUCGGUUGAUAACCUUUGCAAAGAUUUAUUCCUUCGAAAGCACAUGGAUUCUCAAGGCUUCGUUCUUUUGAGCGUUAUCGCUGCCUUCAAGCGCAUUAAGUCCCUAACUGAGGACAUGGACGUUCUUCGCCUGGUUUGCCGCCAACUGAAAAACGUUGAAUAUAGACCUAGCGAGGAUGGUUUGGAUCGUGUCCGCAAGAGGGAAAAAUGGGAUCAGUGGGUCCUAAGCAUGGAGAUGCGAGACCCUUCAGCUCAGAAUGAAGGUCCACCGCCAGUUACAACUUCACCUUCCACAAAUUUUGAUGGUCUCAAUGAGAAUGGAAUGACUAUGCAACAGGAUGGAUAUUCUAAUCUUACCAACGGAGCCACGCAUGCUACCUCCACAACAUCGCCAUCAUCAAGUGCGCCGUCGUUGGACACUGCCAAUAGCCAAGCCCCCGCUCGUUCUGUCAAGUUGUCUUCCACUGCAGCCGAAUUCUCUCCUCUGGUCCCUCCGACGACACAGAAUGAAAAUGUUAGUGAGAGAGAUCCCGUUUCUGAAAAUACCUUUCCAGACGAGCAAAUCGGGGAUUUGGUGAUUGUGCCCUCGGGCAAUUAA